AGGGAAACGAGAAAAGCGAGUAGAGCUCGUCUUUAGUGUCGGUAGGAACCCCAAAAAGACAAGAUGCCGAAGUCGUAUCGUAACAGUAACUCGAACUUCCGUAAGCCGAAGCGUCCCUUCGAGAAGGAACGCCUCGAGUCGGAGAUGAAGAUCGUCGGUCAGUACGGUCUCAAGAACAAGCGUGAGGUAGAAUCCUACAGCUCUCUUCUAGCAUUAUUGUAGACGUCUUACCAUAUAAUUUUAGGCGACUGGUAGAAAAAUUCAAGGGCGCCGGUUCGUAGUGCAGUCAGCAGAUUUACCUUUGGAAACUGAAUUUGGAUCCGUCUGUCAAAGUUGCUACUUCUAAAGUUCCCUAUCGUUUCUGCAUCCUUGCUCGAUCUCAAAAUACUGUCGUACUCUAAAAUUUCAAUGCCCAGAAUUUCCUAAUCCGAACUGUAACUUCCCUCGACAGGUGUGGCGUGUCCAGUACACUUUGACGAAGAUCCGUGCUGCUGCUCGUCAGCUUUUGACUCUUGAGGAGAAGGAUGAGCGCCGAAUCUUCGAAGGUGAGGCUUUGUUGCGCCGCAUGAUCCGUUUGGGUCUCUUGAACGAAUCCGAGAAGAAGUUGGAUUACGUUUUGGGUUUGACCCUGGCCAAGUUCAUGGAGCGCCGCCUCCAGACUAAGGUCUUCAAGCUCCAGAUCGCCCGUUCCAUGCACCACGCCCGUGUCCUGAUCCGUCAGCGCCACAUCCGUGUUGGAAAGCAAAUCUGCAACGUUCCCGGCUUCAUGGUCCGAUUGGACUCCGAGAAGCACAUCGACUUCGCCAUGACCUCUCCCUUCGGCCAGGGACGACCGGGACGCGUCAAGCGCGCCAACGCCGCCAAGGGAGGAAAGGGCGGUGACGAGGACGAGGACUAAGAAGAACGCACACAUCGACUUCAAGCAUCUGCUUCUUUGAGGACCGAGAGCUGUUGGAGAAGACAACAUCUUACUUAGUACCAAACUUCGAGUGUGGCUGUGUUUUUAGAAAAGACGACUGCGAGUUCUCUUCUCCUGGGCGAGUACCACGAUGGGGCAGUUUCGAUCGUUCUAGGAUCAUUCGCAGAGGAGGUCACCGCGGUACACGGUCGAGUGGAGAAUUCAUGGAGGUAUUACUACGUCACUUAGAGUGUAUUCUUACGUCACUCAGAGUCUGGACCAUUACUACAGCAACUUUGUUCCGUGAUAAGCAAAAGUUCCAUGCUUAGUUGAAAUGAACAGGAAUCAGUGUGAAAAGCCCAUGUUGCGUGGACCGAUUCUCUUUGCAACUCCAAGGUAUUCAUUUCAUUUCUAAAACUCCUCAGGUCGAUGCGCUUCGGAAGCUAAGGAGAAGCCCGAUGUUCUAAAUGCUUGCAGAAUGUGCUGAUGGCUUUUCAGUUUUGAGGGUUUUAGACGACUUUCGGAAUGUGUAUCGAUGUCUUUGUUUGGGAGAUGAAAGCACGACACAACAAAGAAGAACGACGACAUAGCGUUUCUGGGACCGCGCGGCUUUCCGAGGAAGCCAG